UGUCACAUUUCACGCUGACACCGAGCGAACACUGGGCUCACACACACAUUCACAGAGACUCACGCAGGUCUCACCACACCACCGACGGAUCCGCGUCAGGGGCUCAGCCGAGGAGAGUAUUGAAGUGAAUAAAAGCUUCUUCUGUGUGGGGAAACGAGAGGAAAACUCAGAAAAAACGAAACAGAGGAAAUCCCCCGAAAGGAAAUGCCAAUCGCAACCGCUGGACAGCCAACGACCCAGGAGCCUAGAGUUUGCCCCCGGCUGCCCUCCACCCCGGAGCCUGUCCCUAAAGGGGCUGAUUUAUUUGACGAGGCGGGGGCGGCGGAGUCGGCGGAGCGAACAGAGUACGGGGGCGCGGAGGGGGGCAGAGGACUCGGGGGCUAUAGUUACAGCCAGAGCGGCGCUAGGGGCUUUGUACAGCCCGGAUCCACCAACGGCUCUCCGCCGCAGUCUCCAACCCCGUCUUCCUCUUUCCUCAUACACCACCUUCACUCCCACCAAAUGGCAAUGGAGCCCCCAAGGACUCGAUCGCGUUCUCGCUCUGGAUAUUACCAACAGUACGGAGGUGCGAGUGGCACAGGUUUUACCAGCAGCGCAGUCAUGGGAUCUAACCAUCAUCACCAGCAGCAACUACAUCCACAGCAGCAGCAACAGCACGGUGCCGCUUGCGCACCAUUGGGAGCUCACAACAUCCACUCCGACAACCAGCAGCGAGUGCCAGGAAGUAACGCUUCUCCCGGCUUUCAGAGGCUUUCUUCCGUUCCCGGAGCGCACCGAUUCCCGGCAGCAGGUGCAUCUGGAGGAUCUUACCACUGUCACCCCGACCAUGCGUAUGGAGAUGAAAGUGAUAAGAGUGAGGAAAGCCCCAGUCCAAAGCGCCAGAGGCUGUCCAGUCAGUCUGUUUUGGAACAGCUUACCUCAUCUGCCCCCCCACCAUCCACCCCAUCUCCCCCCAUCCGUCCCUGGGAGUCAGGGCCCCCAAGUCGGAGACAACCUCACCCUCACCCACACUACCACCAGGAAAGAUGCCUCACUCCUGCCCGGCACAGACGAAGCCCACCAGCAAGACGUCAGCGUGGUCGUCUGUCCAGACCCUCACGUCAUUUGCCAACCCAUCUCCACCCCUCCACCCAAGGCCCUGCACCACGCCUGUCACCGUUAGAGCACCAGGAUGAAAACUACCACCACAACCCCCAUCCCUCUACACACCACAUGUAUCCAACGCACACACCCAGCACCUACGGUCAGCCCCUGACAGCUGGUAGUGUUGGUGGGGCAGGGUCGGAGGAGCCCCGUGCUUUCCACCCCCCAACCCUGUCUCCACGGCUACUGCAUCCAGCUGCUCAUCACCACCAUCACCUCCAUCAUCAGCAACAGCACCAUGCAGUGCAGCAACAGCAAGGAGCCAUGGUUAUGGACUUGCAUGAACAGUUGCAGCAGGGAAGUGUACCAGUCUCCUACACAGUGACACCAGUCCCUCCUCACGGUCUCGCAGCACCUUUGUGUAGCGGUCAGCACCUUCCCCCUACCUGUUCCUCUCAACAACAAGUCCCCGCCUGCAGUGUGGUCUUCAGCACUGGACAACACUACCACCCGAUGCUGCAGGCAUGUUCAAUGCAACAUUUGCCGGUGCCCUAUGCCUUCCCAUCACUGCUGUCCAGUGAUCCUCAGUUCCUGCUUCCUCCUCCACCUAAUCUCGCUCACCACGCACCUCAUCUCCCUACACCUGGACAGUUCCUGCCUUUCCAGACACAACAGCCUCGAUCUCCAUUACAGACGAUCGAAAAUGAGGUCGAGCUUCUGGGAGAGCAGCUUUCAGUGGGUGGAGGCUUCAGCUAUGCCCACCACCAUCAUCACCAUCACCACCAGCCUCCCACCAACCUGCCGCCCUCCACCCCACUCCAGUUCCUCUCGCACCAUGAUCCACUGUCGCAGGAGCUUUUCACAGUGCCCUACCCCCACUUUAUGCCCCGCCGAUUCACAAGCAGGCGUUACCGCUCUCAGCAGGCAGUUCCUCCGUCACCCUACCAUCCCAGCUUCCUGCCUUACUUCCUGUCAAUGCUUCCUGUGCCCCCAAAUGUGGCUCCCACUAUCAGUCUAGAGCUGGAUGUGGAUGAUGGAGAGGUGGAGAACUAUGAGGCCCUGUUGAAUCUCGCUGAACGUCUCGGAGAAGCCAAGCCCCGUGGUCUAACUAAGGCCGAUAUAGAACAGCUUCCAUCAUACAGGUUCAACCCCAACAACCAUCAGUCUGAGCAAACACUGUGUGUGGUAUGCAUGUGUGACUUUGAGUCUCGUCAGCUCCUAAGAGUCCUGCCCUGUAACCACGAGUUCCACGCCAAAUGUGUUGACAAGUGGCUUAAGGCUAACCGGACCUGUCCAAUCUGUCGAGCCGAUGCCUCUGAGGUCCAGCGGGACUCUGAGUGACCUCUGACUUGUAUCAGUAUCAGCACCAAACACUCACAAUCUCGGACUCUCUUCGACUCCGGUUUGGAUGCACAAACCAAAUCAGUGAACUUCUGUCCUUUUUUAUAAUCCAGUAUUUGACUCACACAUUCUGCCACAUAAACUGGGACCAGUACUCCUUCACUCUUCGACUUCUAAACAGAAACUGUCACAUGGGAUCGGUGUUUAGUGGUGUGGUGACUUUCCACUGACUCAUGCUAACUUAAUUGCUGGACUUCCUAGGCCUUCUGUUUUGGACUACUUACUCUGCCUUCUGCUCAUGGUUCCUCCUUGGCCUUCGCAACACACCGUGUCGUGCAGGUGGACAUAUACAGUACGGUGUAUGUGUUUGUAUGUUUUAAACUCGUUAUGUGAAGCCUUCAGUCGGGCGGGCGAAACAGGACUGUUUUGAAAAAUGUCUAUCUAGAAACCCUAAGGGAGAAUUGGCAGUCCAAAGAUGAUUUUGAUUUCAUUGUGGUCAUAAUUAAACAUUCACAUCUUGGUUUUGCAGAGUCAUCUUAACUAGACUCAUUAUAAUUAUAGUUGAUGAACCGAAUCAGUCUGUUUUUAAAAUGUGUGUAUUCUUGCAUUCCUUAUGAGAGCUCUGUGUGUGUGUGUGUGUGUGUGUGUGUGUGUUGGCUGAAAAAGAUAGUGUACACCGUACACAGUGAAAAAUACUUUAUUUUCUUUAGAUAUGCGGUUUGUGUGUGUGUGGUAUUUAUACAGUUCAUGUGGGUACAGUGCGUUGACUGAAUCCCAACUCCUGUGUUUCCAUUUAACUUCAGAUUGAUUUAAUGUCAGACCUUUUGUAGCCAAGGUUUUGCUCCAAAGGUCAACGUUAAGAACAAAGGGAAGUCUCCUGACAAGUCAAAGAUGCUGCACCCUGUCUCACACUCUGAACUGGCUGUGCUCAGAUUACCAGACUGAAGCGACUCGUUUCCAGUUCUAUUUCUCAUUGAUGUGACUUGGACCGGGGCACCGAUGUCUGUGCACACAUAAGGAAUUGAACAAAGAAGUGGCUGGUAAUCUGAAGGUAGCUUCUACCACCAUGGCUCCACCACUCCAUGCCUGCAUAUCCACAUUGUUUCUAUGUGAAAUGUGUAAAGGCUGAGAGAAGAGUUUUUUUUGUUUUUUUUCCCCUUGAGUUUUUCUUCGUCUCCACAUACCCACUAAGCUCUCCUCCAAGGCCCAUUGUGUGAAUACAGUUGGUUAUUACAGAGCAGACAUGGUGGAUUAAUUCAUGCUCGGUUUAGCAGCAUCCUUUCAGGAAUAAGGCCUUUGAAGAAAAAUAUUUGUACCUAUCUUAGUUGCACCUAUGCAGCAUUCUAGAUCCAGAGGAUGCUUUCUUCAUCACUGAUCGAGAACAUGUUUUAAAAAAGGCUUGCAAGGUCACAGCAAAGUCUACUACAGUGUAUCUCACCAGACGGAAAAUCUGAUACUUCAGCACUUUAAUACUUUAAUUUAGACCUAUACACUCUCUCUUUAGUGAUCAGUUUUGAAAGCAUAAAUCUCCACUUUAGCUUCUUGUACUCAGCAGUUUGUCAAUGUCAACCUUUCUCUCUGUUCUCACGGCACAUCCGUACUUCGUCAGUGGGACUAUAUCUAUGUUAGGCCUAUACCAUCGUGUCAUAACGCAACCAUGAUGUUCACCUCGCGCACUGAACUGACUUUUCUCUUGUAACUUAUCACUGUUUGUCACAAGUGGUUUUUUGUGUCAUGACGACAACCUGAUGUAGGUCUAAUAUGGAGAUUUUGUUGAUGAAAGUUGCAGUCUUGCAGCUGAGAUGCCUUCUGCAGAACAUUGUUCUUUGUAUCCAGUUUUUUUUUUCUCUUUAAUUCAAACCAGAAUCAGUGUCCAGGGAAAUUGAUCAUCUUUUACAGCUCCUCUCCAGUGUUGUCAGUGUAUCAAAUCAUGUAAUAUCCACGGUAAUGGAGGGAAAUAAUACUUUCUUUAAUUUCUUUGUGGUCAGAGGUCCUUUUUGUGACCAUACACAGUUUGUUUCUUAGGCUUAUUUUUGUGUUGGACAGUUUUCUCUUGCUUGGUAUACUAGCAAAUUACCUCAGUCCCACUAUUUAUGUCUUUUCACAAAAUGGUGCAAGUACCAGUAUGUUUAGUGCUUAUUGAUUCAUUUUGCUAAUGUUUUCCAUGCAAGUUUUUGGGUUGUGUGAAUAUUUUUUUUCUCCUUCAAACUAUGAAAUGCUAUCAUUUAAAAAGAAAAAAAAAAGAAAAAUAAAGGUGUAGUUUCAUCAUGUAUUAUAUCUGUAACCAAAAUCAUUUGAAGGCCUGUUAUGAUAAUGAAAUUUUUAACAAACAUUUGUACAUUUUGUAUGAGAGUUAUUACUAGUAAUACUUUAUUAAGUAGUGCAAUGAUUUUUUUUUUUAAUCCCUUACCCCAUCUUUUGGAUUUCAGAAGUUGGAUCAAUAAUAAAUGUAUAACAUUCUCUUCUAAAA